CCACAUGCUUCGCUUAGCCAAUCAACGGCCAGAACGUCAUCGGAAAAGCCAGAAGUUUUGAAAAGGCACUGCUGACUGAAGAAUGAGACAGCACUUAAUGUAGAACAGAGAUGGCGAGUGGACAGCUGUCGAGGGCGGAGGCAUUGGCAUGCUCAGGCUGCAGGCAUGCGUGCCAUGUGAUGCUCUACGCUGACACGAAAGCUCAGCUGUUUGGAAGAAUUCCCAUCAAACAUAUCAUACUGAUGCAGAUGCGCUUUGACGGUCUGCUGGGUUUCCCUGGCGGGCUCGUUAACCCUUCGGAGGAGACCCUUGAGUCGGGGCUUAGCAGGGAAUUGUCAGAAGAGCUGGGCCUGGCUUUGCCAAUCUCUGUUGAAGAUCAUGUGGAUUCUUGCUAUGCACCUCCUUCCUCCCCCUCCUCCUCUUCACGUCUUAUCACUCACUUUUACGUGAAGAAGAUGGAUGAAGAGCAGAUUAGGGAGGUGGAGAGGGCAGCUGCAUCCACUGCAGCAGAUCACGGUUUGGAGGUCCUGGGAAUGGUCAGAGUCCCUCUCUACACCAUGAAAGGAGGAGGAGGGCUCGCAUCCUUCCUGUCACACUCUUUCAUCGGCAACGCUCGCUCCCAGCUGGUCCACUCGAUGCUGAGACUCAACCUGGUCGCCCCCGGGGAGUUGCACAAAGCCCUGACGCACUCUCUAAAGACUCAUGCACACACGAAACAGGACCUGCAAGCAGCCCUGGCACUGACCCAGGGAUUGAGGAAACAGUUUUAAAAAAAUGCAGCUGCAUUGCUACAUCCUCUCAAAAUGUAAAUACAGAUCCAUCAGGACUGUUAUAGACAAAAGAUGAUUUCAAAUCCACUGUAACUUAUACUCUGGAAACUCCCCGCCAUACAUGAGUGUGGAAAGCCAAAGGUGGGAGGCCAGCAGCAAGAACAGAGCAGGCAUUAAGGACAACGGAUAUGACACUAAUUGAGUCAGACAUGGCAUUAAAAUAAGAGAGGCAGGAGUGGAGGUGGGUUCCAAAGCGGCUUGUAGAUGCACAGUAACCGUGGGCAGACUGAACCGGCUUAAAUAGCGUGCCCUAUUUGACAUUUGUCAAUUAACUGUGUAGAAGGGUCUCAGCUGAGCUUGAUUUCCGUGGCCCGCCUGAACUAACCCUAUGCUCGGUUUUGACCCUCCGCAGCACAAUCUCACACAUAAACCUCCGCACUCACACUCAUGCUGUCACGCUGACUCUGAGCUGGUGACUCAUAAUUGCAUACUGUGCACCAAACAGUUUGGGGCAAAACAUUAUCAGCUCCCUUACAAUUAAUGGAAAUAAAGCUGUUCACACUGCCCAUCA